AUGUGCUGUAUGCAUGGAAAGAUAGAACUCCCUCCACCUCCUCCAGUGCCUGAAAUACUUCAAGAUCUUCUAUUCAAAGGAGAUGACAAGAGCAAAAAUUUCAAAGAGAAUAUUAGAGCUUAUACUUCGAUGUUUGGAUUCACUUCCAUGGGAGGCAAAGUUGACACAUCUAUCAACAAAGGACGUGGACCCCCUAUUUUCCGAUUACUUGGUCAGAAUUUCCACAGAAUUGGAAGUCUACUUCCUUCAGAUGACUCACGUCCAAAAUAUCAGCAACUUUACAUAGUUGAUACUAAGAACGAAAUUGCAAACAGAAUCACAGCAUUCAGCGAAAAAAGAACAGCACCAACUGCAAAAUCAAAAAUACUCAGGGAAGAUAUUGUGGAGGAUAUCAAAACAAUGUUAGACCAGUGCAACAACCCAUAUGUGAAAAUCCUUCGAACAGCAAGAGAACGUUUUGGAGAUUCAUUAGAGUCCAUGAAUGUAAAGGUCAGGCUGAUUUCAAAACGGAAGACUGAUCCUAACACAUAUAACAUGCCUACAUGCUCAGAAGUUGCUGCACUUUUGGUUGGGGAUUUUGAUGAAACGUUCAAGGCGAGAGAUAUUGUGGUGGAAACAAAAAGUAAGAAGUUGAUGAGAAUCUCUGAACUUCAUCCGGCCUAUUUGCCUCUACAAUAUCCAACUGUGUUCCCUUAUGGAGAAGAUGGAUAUCAUAUUGAUUUGCAUCUAAAGAGAACAACAACUAUGUCGGAAAAUCCAAGGUUCAGAGUAAGCAUGAAAGAGUUUUUUGCAUACAAAAUCAUGCAACGUGGCAAUCAAUUCAACGUUCUACACUACACAGGAAAACUCUAUCAGCAAUUUCUGGUUGACGCAUUUACAAUGAUGGAAGCAGAGAGGAUCGGAUUCCUUAAGCUUAAUCAAAAGACUUUGCGUGCAGACAGUUAUAGCAAUGUUUCAGCUUUUGCCUCAACUGGAAAUAAAGAUUCAUCGAUGUGCGGAGCAAGGAUUGUGUUACCUUCAACUUUUGUGGGUGGUCCGAGAUACAUGCGUGAAAAGUACAUGGAUGCAAUGGCUGUUUGCUCACAUUUUGGCUAUCCAGAUUUGUUCAUCACGUUCACUUGCAAUCCAAAAUGGCCUGAAAUUACAAGAUAUCUAAGUAAGCACAAUUUACAAUCAGAAGACAGGCCUGACAUUCUGCGGGGAUCAAAGCUGCCUACAACAGAUGAUAUAGACAAGGUUAUAUCUGCUGAAAUUCCAGAUCAAUCAUCUAAUCCAGUGCUAUAUGAUAUAGUAAAAGAUUUAAUGGUUCAUGGUCCCUGCGGGAUAGAAAAUCCAAGCUCACCAUGCAUGGCUAAAGGAAAAUGUACAAAACAAUUUCUUAAAGCUUAUUGCACUGAUACACACAUCAACAAAGACGGAUAUCCAGUUUACCGAAGAAGAGAUGAUGGAAGAUCAAUGGAAAAGAGUGGGAUUGAGAUUGAUAACAGGUUUAUCAUUCCUUACAAUCCACAUCUAUUACUAAAAUACCAAGCUCACAUAAAUGUCGAAUGGUGCAAUCAAUCAAGAGCAAUCAAGUAUUUGUUCAAAUACAUCAACAAAGGAAAUGACCGACUCACUGCAAAACUAAUACGGGAGUCAUCGAAUGAAGAGCCUGAGAGUUCAGAAAAUCCUUCUGAAAAAAAAGUUGAUGAAAUCAAGCGUUUCUUGGAUUGUCGGUAUAUCUCACCAUGUGAAGCAGUAUGGAGAAUAUUGAGGUUUGAGCUACAUUACAGCAGUACAUCUAUUCAGAGGUUGUCUAUCCAUCUAGAAGGAGAACAUGGUCUCACAUAUGACUCUGAGGAUGAUCUUGACGAAGUAUUGGCAAAAGAAGGAAAUCAAACAUCACAGUUUUUGGAGUACAUGAAAAUGUGUAGUCAAAACUCUGAUGCAAAGAAGUUGACAUUCAUUGAGUUCCCAAAGUUUUUUACAUGGAACAAGAAAAGUGCUCGAUUCUACUUGAGGAUCCUUGUGAACAAAAUUCCAGGGGCAACCAGCUAUAAAGAUCUACGUACAGUUGAUGGAAUUACGUAUGCAGCAAACAAGGAAGCUUGCUAUGCUCUAGGUCUACUUGAUGAUGACAAACAGUACAUUGAAGCAAUCAAUGAAGCUAGCGAAUGGGGAACAGGCUUUUACUUACGUCAGGUGUUUGCUUAUCUUUUAGUUUCAGAAAGUCUCUCAGAACUUAAACAUGUUUGGUUGGAAACAUGGCAUCUACUUGCAGAUGGCAUUUUGCAUAUGCAACAUGCAAUUCUCCAACGACCAGGACAUGAAAUGUCAGAUGAUCAGCUAAAGAAUCAAACUUUGUUGGAGAUUGAGAAGCAUUUGCGCUCAAAUGGAAGUACUCUAGAAAACUUCACUACAAUGCCAUUUCCUACGAAUAGCAACAUACCAUCAAUGGUCAACAGAUUGAUAAAUGAUGAGUUGUGUUAUGACGUACACGCCAAUGCCACCGAAAAUCAAAGAUUGGUGUCCAGCUUGACAUCUGAACAGAGAAUUGUCUAUAACAACAUCGUGAAUGCUGUUGUAACAAAUUCUGGAGGUGUUUUCUUCGUCAAUGGGUUUGGAGGGACAGGGAAAACAUUUCUUUGGAAAGCUCUGUCCACAUACAUUCGUUCAAUGGGAGAGAUUGUCUUGAAUGUUGCUUCGAGUGGAAUGGCAGCACUAUUACUAGAUGGAGGACGCACAGCUCAUUCUCGGUUUUCAAUACCAAUACAAGUAAAUGAAAUUUCAAGCUGCAAUUUUACCACAAACAGCGAGCUGGCUCAAUUGCUAUUGAAAGCGAAGUUGAUUAUUUGGGAUGAGGCACCAAUGUUGCAUAAACAUUGUUUUGAGGCUGUAGAUAGAAGUUUGAAAAGUGUUUUAAGAGCAGCAAAGAGUCCAAACUAUAAUAGGCCGUUUGGUGGGAAGGCUAUUGUUUUCGGAGGUGAUUUUCGUCAAGUGCUUCCUGUAAUUCCUAAGGGGAACAGAGAACAGAUUGUGCAAGCUUCUCUCACUUCAUUUGUGCUUUGGAGAUCUUGCAAAGUGCUUAGUUUAACAAAGAAUAUGAGGCUGACUGUCGAUUCUGAUCCGGCAGAGACUGAAUCCAUCAAAGAGUUUUCCGAAUGGAUUCUAAAACUAGGCGAUGGAAAGUUAUCUGAGCCUAAUGAUGGCGAAGCAGUGAUUGAUAUACCGGAUGACAUGCUUCUCAUGGAUUCACUUGAUCCAAUCAUGUCAAUCACCAAUGCCACAUAUCUGUCACUAAAAGAACACCUAGAGGAUGAGUCUUAUUUCAGAGAUCGUGCAAUACUAUGUCCUACGAAUGAUGUUGUGGAUGAGGUCAACAAUCACAUCAUGGAUCUACUUCCGGGAGAAGUGCAAAUAUAUUAUAGCCAAGAUAAAUUCUGUGAAUCAGAGAAAAGCAACGCGAGAGAUGGUGAUGUGACAGUUGAAUUCCUUAAUUCAAUUAAGUGUGCGGGAGUGCCUAACCAUGUUCCAAAGCUAAAGAAAGGAGUUCCAGUUAUGCUUCUGAGAAAUAUUGAUCAGAAAUGUGGUUUGGUGAAUGGAACUAGGUUGCAGGUAACACAAUUGGGAACUCAUAUCAUUGAAGCAAAGGUCAUCACAGGAAAAAAUGUUGCAAAUAAGGUCUAUCUUCCUAGAAUGAUGCUGACACCUACAGAUGUUAGAUUGCCUUUCAAGUUUCAAAGGAGACAAUUUCCGAUUUCCCCAUGCUUUGGAAUGAUAAUUAAUAAGAGUCAAGGUCAGAGCUUAGCUCACGUUGGAAUCUACUUACCAAGAUCAGUUUUUGCACACGGUCAACUAUAUGUGGCUGUCUCAAGGGUUAAAAGUAGAGGAGGUUUGAAGAUCCUAAUCAUUGACGAAGAAGGGAAGAGAGCAAAGCAAACAACGAAUGUUGUGUAUAAAGAAAUUUUUCAGAAUUUCAGAGAGAAUGAUGCAUCUUAA